UACAACAGAAAAGAAGAAGCAUUUGGAAAAUAACAACAUGGAGAAGAAACUGCUGUUUGUUCUGGGAAUCUGUAUUCUGGUGAUUCUUUGUUCCAAUACAGGGAGAGUUUCAGCAUCUAUGGAGAAGUCUACGGCAUCACAGUUUUUGGGAAAAAUUAAAAGAAAACGCUCUUUACAUGAAGAAUGUUAUGUGGAAAAUUGUAAUUAUGAGGAAGUUCUGGAGUCUCUUGGAAACCGUAGAGCUGCUGAUGCUUACUGGAAUCAAAAGAAUGGAAAAUGAAUGUCAUCAAAAGUUUUAUUUUGGUGUCUACAAAUGUUUUUUUACUCAAGAAUCAUAUCACAUGUUAUAUGACUUAACUGUAUGCUGGGAUAUGAGAAACAAACUGAAAAUGAAUAAAGAUGAUUUUAGAUUU